AUGGCUUCCAAAUAUCUUUAAAAAUAUCCUGUACCUGAAGGUUUUUAUGAAAUAUUACACGAUUUCACACGUGAAAUAUUACGCGCUUAACCUGAAGACAUAAUCUACUUUGCGGCAAACUAUUUCGAAUAAAAAGCUUAAGGAAAGGAAUAUAUAUAUGAAUCAAAAUAUAACGUUCCAAAGCCUGUUGAUAAAUAUGAUAUGGCAAAUAAAAAGAGUUAUAAUCCAACCCCUCAUGAAUAAUAUGCUGAUUAAGCAAUGAAAGUAGUUGAAGCAUCUAAUAAUAAGGAAAAUGAUUUAUAAAAAUUAAAUUCUUAAAAAUCUGAUAAACAAAAUGAUCUUUCAAAUCAUUCAAAAGAAAGUGAUAUUUCAUUCGCUGAAGAGAAAAGAAUCAGCAAAUAAUUUGUAUAAGAUAUGUAUAAUUCUGCCAUGUUAAAAGCAGCAGGUACAGAAAGUGUUCAAGAAAUAAAAAGCAUAUAAGAAGAUAAAAGCCAAUAAGAAAUAAAAAGCUAAUAAGAAGUUUAAAGUUAAUAAGAAGUUAUUAUUUAAUAAAAAGAAGAAAUAAAAUUAGAUGGACCUAUAGAAAGUUACUAAAAUGCAGCUUUAAAAAUUCAAGCUAAAUUUAGGGGAGAUUAAGUAAGAAAUAAAUAUAAUUGA